CGCGCAUGUGCCGUAUAGUCCCAGUGAUGGCGGCGGCCCAGGCGGAGGCGGGCGGUGCGCACUCGGUCAUGGCCGGGGCCGCGGGCACCGCAAUGGGCGACCUGGGGGCCGCGGGCUCUGCCAUGGGUGACUUUGGAGCCGCGGGUCCCCUCAUGGACGGGGCGGGCGUCCCCAUGGUGGCGGAGGAGCCGCCGCCUCCGCCGCCGCUGCCGGGGCUGCGGCUGGUGCAGCAGGGCGCUGAGGCGCACGUGUACCGCGGGCUCUUCCUCGGGCGGGCGGCCGUGGCCAAGCUCCGCGUCCCGAAGCGAUACCGGCACCCGGCGCUGGAGGAGCGGCUAAGCCGGCGCCGCAUGGCCCAGGAGGCGCGGUCGCUGCUGCGGUGCCGGCGGGCAGGGAUUCCAGCUCCAGUGGUCUACUUCGUGGAUUAUGUCACCAACUCCAUCUAUCUUGAAGAUAUUGUAGACUCAAUUACUGUUCAGGAUCAUAUUUAUUCUGUACAAAAGAGUGGAAAUGAUACCGACGGCCUCCAUAAGUUAGGAGAGAAGAUGGGAGAGCUGUUAGCAAGGAUGCAYGAUGAAGAUAUUAUCCACGGCGAUCUUACAACUGCCAAUCUCCUCCUGCGGCCACCCAUGGAGAAGCUGGACUUGGUGUUGAUAGACUUUGGACUCAGUUUUAUUUCAGGUCUUCCAGAGGAUAAAGGAGUUGAUCUGUAUGUUCUGGAAAAAGCCUUCAUCAGCACUCAUCCAGAUACUGAAAYGAUGUUCAAAGCUCUGCUAAAGAGCUAUGCAGCCGCGUCUAAAAAAUCUGGUCCUGUGAUCAAAAAACUGGAUGAGGUUCGACUAAGGGGCAGGAAGAGAUCCAUGAUUGGGUAGAAGAGAGCAGGGGUAGGGAUGGAGAAAUAAUGGGUUUUGCAGAUAGGGUUAUUUAUAUUUCUAGYUGGUUUUAUUUCAGAGGUCACUAUUUUGAUAACUGUGUCUUGAAAUAAAUAAACUUGAAAGAGUGUAAGUGUUAUAAUCAAAGUAAUUGUGAGAUUGAGACACAGCCAGGAAACAACUAGAGGGCAUUUCUUUYCUAAAUKKUAAAAAUUUCUAAUACAGAGUAGUUUACAGUGUCAUUCCACUCAUCUUUGUGWGRUUAGAAUCAUUCAGGGCARUCUUUCUCAGCCUGCWGACCAUGAAUUCAUGGGAGGUUMUUAUCUCAGAGACUGCAGAAGARYAUCUGCAAAAGGUAACUGAGAAAAACAAGUGCGUUAUUUUUCUGUGAAGACUUUACAACAAGACGUUUAAAUCUUAGAAACAGCACAUCCUAAAAACUUUCAGGACAACUGAAUUCUGGGACAUGGGCAGUGCUGAAAUACAGCACUAAACAAACCAGCUUUAUUUUCAUUAAGUAGUAAUUUUUUGUAUUUUUUUCCCUUUCAGUCCAUAGUACUUUCUUAAGGAAAUAUAAAACUUGUUAAUCAAGAAUAGUUUUCUACUGGGAAACUGCCACUUUAAGCAAGAAAUCCGCUGUAUAUUGCCUAUUUUGGAGCUCUGUAAGGGGGACUGCUGGUAUUGCUGUUUCCUGCCCASGUAGGCAGUUAUCAGAAAUAGGUGGUAAUACUCUCUUGUAAUGUUUUCUCUAUAUUACUUUAUUUUUUCUGUAUUACUGUUUGUCGUAGUGUGAAUGUGUGAUGUCUCAGAGGGAAAUCUUAUGCACCCCACAGUGGGUUGGUUAGAUUAUCAGCUCUGUGCUUUGUGAGGAGGYUGGGAUGUGAAUUGGAUGAAUGUGGGAGCUUUAUCAUUUACUUCAGGUAAWGAUAGGAAAGAAAGUGAAUUUCUCCCUGAUCGAUUUGUUGUGCCGGCCAGCCUUAYUCCAUCGGGAAGAUCCUCUGUUCUCUUGUGCAGUCACUGGUGCUCUGAAACUGCUCGUGA